ACAAUGCGCGUAGAGCGUCGCUGUGCGUCAGCUCUAGUUGCCCAGCCAGCCACAGAGAAAGAAAGAGGAGGUGCACAGUUUGCUAUUGAUAGAAUAGUUCAGCAAUCUUAUAUUUUUUUUAACGAUUAUUAUAGUUUAAAUUGACAUAUUCACUAAGCGCCUGGGCCAGUCUACAGGCACAGUUUACCCCUGCUCUGGCACACCUGCAACCCGAAAUGAGCGGCAGCGGGCGGCCCAGGACUAGCUCGUUUGCUGAGCCUCCAGGGGUCCCGGGAGCCGCUGCAGCCGCUGCCGGAUCAGCCGUCGCGGGCGGAAGCUCUUCAGGAAAGACGGGGGGCGCGCAGGCCUCAGGCGGGAGUUCGUCUGGUUUCGGAAACCUAAAGUUGGGCAGGGAUAGUGGGAAAGUAACAACGGUAGUAGCCACACCAGGGCAGGGUCCGGACCGUCCUCAGGAGGUCUCGUACACAGACAUCAAGGUGAUCGGGAAUGGAUCGUUUGGAGUGGUGUACCAGGCUCGACUCAUCGACAGCCAGGAGAUGGUGGCCAUAAAGAAGGUGCUUCAGGAUAAGAGGUUUAAGAACCGUGAGCUACAGAUAAUGAGGAAGUUGGACCAUUGUAAUAUUGUCAGGCUACGCUACUUUUUCUACUCCAGUGGAGAAAAGAAAGAUGAAGUGUAUCUAAAUCUGGUCCUUGAUUUUGUACCAGAAACCGUGUACAGGGUGGCACGCCACUUCAACAAGUCCAAGACCACCAUCCCCAUUAUCUAUGUCAAAGUGUAUAUGUAUCAGUUAUUUCGCAGUCUGGCAUAUAUUCAUUCCCAAGGCGUCUGCCAUAGAGACAUAAAGCCACAGAAUCUCCUGGUGGACCCAGACACAGCUGUACUCAAGCUGUGUGACUUCGGCAGUGCAAAACAGCUAGUUCGUGGGGAGCCCAAUGUGUCAUACAUCUGUUCGCGGUAUUACCGCGCUCCCGAGCUAAUAUUUGGAGCCACGGAUUACACAUCCAACAUUGAUAUCUGGUCAGCUGGCUGUGUAUUAGCAGAGCUGCUUCUGGGACAGCCCAUAUUCCCCGGUGACAGUGGAGUGGACCAGCUAGUGGAGAUCAUCAAGGUUUUGGGGACCCCGACAAGAGAGCAGAUCCGAGAGAUGAACCCCAACUACACAGAGUUUAAAUUCCCACAGAUCAAAGCUCACCCUUGGACGAAGGUGUUUAAGCCGAGGACCCCUCCUGAAGCCAUCUCAUUGUGUUCUCGUCUGUUGGAGUACACACCGGUGACGCGGCUCUCUCCGCUCGAGGCCUGUGCACAUGCCUUCUUUGACGAGCUGCGCCAGCCGAAUGCCCGUCUGCCUAAUGGCCGAGAACUUCCCCAACUCUUCAACUUCAGCCCUGUGGAGCUGUCUAUCCAACCACAGUUGAACUCCAUUCUCAUUCCUCCCCAUGCUCGCUCGCAGACGACACCUGCCUCACACGAGGGCAGCGGUUCAGACGGUCCAGCCCAGUCUAGCUCAGCACCGGGACCCCUGAGCAACAACACCUAAUUGUUCCCUUGGCAUUAAUGCGACAUUAUCACCCCUCUCUCCUCAUCCCUUCUUUCUCAUUCCUCUCUCCUUCCCAAAAGCAGCUCCAAUCAGUCUCUCUCCCACACGCUCUCUCUCUCUCAAACACACAAGUACGCACACUCGUCACCUCGUGUUACGCGUCGUCACGAUGAAAGAAGUGUGUGAUGCGCAGAUUAAUGUCGUCAAUCAUCACAGGAGGAGAUAAUGAGGUCGAUUUAAAUUUAGUGUGAUGAUUGUCAUGUUUCGGUUUAAAGACUGGGAAGGGUCUCUUAGGGCACAUGUGCCCCCUAGUGGCAUGAAGAGCACCGCACAGUUACUGCUCUCUGCCUCUGCUACCAUCCUUUUGACUUUUUAACAAUAUGUGGAGCUCCUUUAAAUUUAAUUUUGCUCUUAAAGUGAUACGUUUUAACUUUCUUUAGGAGUUCUUGCGCAAAGCAAGGACUACGAUGGGUUUUAUGAAGCAGCGAGCGUGAGAUGUCAGAGUUUGCGUGUCAGGAUGUGCUGUUUCUCUUUGCAGAGAUGAAAAUGGGUGUCUUUGUGCGAAAUGUCAAUUUUAAGUAAUCAUUGCACAUUUUUUGUUUUAAUUUCUUUUAAGGAGAGUAUGUGGAGAAGUCGAGACAAGGUUUAUCUGGGUUUAUGGUCAGUUUCAUUGUAAAACGUGCUUUCGCUCAGUUUUUUUUUUUCACACAGCUGGUAGGUCAGUCCCAUCACUAGCUGUGUUAGCUGUUCUGUUGUGCAUUAUGGAGUCUAUGCCACGUGUGUGUUUCUAUACAUCGGCAUGCCCAUCAAGUGUGGAUUUAGCUGAUGUUCAUCUAAAAGACACACACACACACACCAUGAACACUGAGCAAAUAAGACUGGAGCUGUUUGUCUUUCCCUUCUUCCAUCCUUCCUAUCUUCUCCUCCUCUCUCAUUGCUAAUAUGUAAAUGCCAUGUACCUUUUAUUUUGUUAUUUUUGUUAUUGUUAUUCUGUUGUCCUUGUGAUUAGAUUUUUCUUCUAGUGGAGCAGUGCUGGUAUGAGCAGAAACCAGCCUUUCUUGGUGUCUCUCUCUCUCUCUCUCUCUCUCUCGCCCGCCCUCCCUCCCUCUUUCCUCCUAUCCCUUCAUCAUACAACUGUAUAUAACAUUUCAUCCAGGCUCUCCCUGCAUCUGGGGAGAAAGACAAAACUGAUCAAAAUUUUGUUUUUACCUGAUCUCUCAGUCUCUUUCUCUGACUCUCUCUCCUCGCCCGCCCGCCUGCGUGCCCUUCCCCCUCCUCAUCAGUGUUAAUUCUGAUCCUUUUAUUUAUUGUAUUGCUGUCUGAUUCUGGUUUUAACAAUCUGAUGGGGGAGGGGUUUGUGUGUGUGAUGUCAUUUGGCGUAACGUUCAUAUCUCAAACUGGAAUAUCGUCUGAUGGUAUGUUCUGGAAAGGGCAGGUGCACACUACCACACACAGGCUGCUCGGCCCAUCAGUCAAAAGAUGAACGGUUAAAGGGAGAGAGAGGGAGAGAGAAACGAUGUUUUUGUUUGUUGGUAUAAAUAAUAAACUCAUUAAUAAAGGUAUAAAAUGCC